AUGUAGAUAAAUUAAGAUCAUGAUAAAAGGGGUUAAAAUAAUAAGUAAAUAAAAAUUUACAUUUAUUUAGAAAUAGCAUUUCGAUAUUUAUGCAAGAAUAUUUAAAAGAUUAAGAGGUAAGUAUUGCUGAAAUAAUCUCAUAAUUUAUAUCAUUUUACUUUCAUUUUACCAAAUUUUUUUCUAUCAAAAAUUGUGUGGCAAGGAUUAGAAAAGCUAAAAGUCUAUUUUUUUUAAAUAUCGAGAUUUUGAAUAAAUAUAAAGGUAUUUAUGAGGAAAAAAGUGUCACUCUUAUGUUUGGAGUAUAAUGCAAAUCCCUAGCCAUUUCUGUGAAAAAUUGA